UAUCUAAAAUAGGUCUUCUUCCUGAUACUUUCAUUUACGUGAAGUGACUCUACUUUCGGUUUCCUUUCUGAGUCAAUGACGCGGUCUAUGGAGAUCAAUUUACAAGACGAGGAAUGAUCUCCCUCAAACGUUUCGUCAACUGCGUUGUAUGUGUUCUUUCCUACUUCGCUCGUCCUGUGUUUUUUUUGGUAGGCCGACUACCACAUCAGGUAAUUUCAUUUAUGGCUAACUUGAGGCCCGCGGUCAGAAAUUACUUUGAAAGCUCCGACUCUGAAAACUCCGACUCUGAAAACUCACCUAGGCCUAGACCUCUUCAGGCAAAUUACAGUAGUCCUAAAGGCAACGAUUCAAAAAGUUUGUACAAUGUCGACAGCGACUCUGAUGAAUCAUUCACUUGUGAAUAUGACUCUACGUGGGACGAUGAAGACAAUAUUGAGGACGACACAAAUGCAACCUCGAAGACUCAUACCAGGAAGAAGAAGCCUGAGAAGCAGACACAGACUUGGGCAUGGUUAAGGGAUGGAAGAAACACACGUGCUGCCAAGGACAUGCAGACUUACAGACAUGACUAUCCAGAUCAGGGGGAUCCUCCAUCUUGUCAGGAUUUUCAUCCCAAUUUGAAGUUCUACAAAAAUGAAAAAAACUCUCAACCUGAUGAUCUCUCAAUAUUAGACUUCCACAAUAAAUGGAAGGGUGAUUAUUCAAGGCUGGAAAGAGUGCACACAUUCAUCCAGUGGCUCUUCCCAAUACGAGAGGAUGGUAUGAACGAUGAAGCAUAUAAACUCACAAAAGAUGAGAUAAAGGCAUUCACAGAAGAUGAGACAGCAAAAGAAAGAUUGAGAAGAUCGUAUGAGCUGAUGCUGGAUUUUUAUGGCAUAAAACUGGUGGACCAUCAGACAGGGGAUGUACAACGGGCAGAAAACUGGAAGGAGCGAUAUCACAACCUCAAUAAGUAUAUACACAACAGCCUUCGCAUCACUCGUAUCCUGAAGUGUUUGGGCACCUUGGGAUUUGCAAACUAUCAAGCACCUUUGGUUCGUUUUUUCCUGAAGGAGACUAUUGAGAACAGGGAGCUUCCAAAUGUGAAGGAGAGCGUCCUGGACUACUUUUUGUUUUCUAUCCUUGACAAAGCAAAGCGCAAAGAACUGGUCAAGGAAGCUUUCAUAAUGUUCCAAAGUAGCCAGGGAAAUGAAAAGAGCAAAACAAAAUUUAAAUGGUGCCCAAAGUGGGUCCAGAAAAGGUUCCAGGAGGAGCUCAAUAGGGUGGAAAAAGGGACAAAUAGUCUUGACUUUGUGAAAGAAAUUCAGCCUGCCACUGAGGGAAACUCUUGUGAGCGAAAUGAUUCACAGUUAGAAGAGGAGAAAGGUUUAAUUACAAAAACACAGGUCCAUAACAAUGAUGAUACCAGUUUGGGUAGUGCAUCUUUAGAGAGCAAGCACUCAGAUAAAGAUGAUGAAACUUCAGCCAAUAAAGGAGAUGGUGAAAAACAACAUCAAAAUACUGAAGAGGCAGGUGAUGGUAUGAAGGCAAAGAACAACAUUAGUGACAAACAAGAGAACAAAGGCAGACCAGAAGGGUGAGUGCAGCAAAAAGGAGGUGGUUCAUUUAGCUGAGAAUUCAGGCACUGAGCUGGAGAAAACAAUCUCAUUGAAAUUCAGCAAACUCCACCUGAGAAUCAGGGAAAGGAGAUGGCUGUUCUAUCUGCCAUAGUCACCAGAGUGUUAGAAGUUAUUUAUGGCCAUUGAUAUAUUGUGCAAUGAGGAUUGAGUAUAGGCUAGACACUGGAAAUAUUUUGUGUUCAGAGAAUCUUUCACCUUUCUAUGCACUGUUUUUGUUUCGUGAAAGCAUGCACAUUAUUAACCAAUAAGUGGUGUUGUAUUGUACUUUACUUUGACUGUUUUCUGUUUUUGUGUUGAUGGCUCAGAGUUGAAUAAAAAAACAAUAAUUGACUAGAAAUGUAACAUCAACACUGCAAAAUACUGAAGAUUGCUCUUAGAACAUCAGCUGUUUUCAGCAUUAAACUGUAUAUCUGGCUGUUCACAGGGAAUCAGUGUGAUCUGCAUUACAUUAAAAGUUACUUGGCUAGAUACAGUGAAUCAAUAAGAUCUAUCCACAGAUACACAUGGCUGGUUUAACUGUUAAUAUUGGUCUGUUCAGUGGACAGCACUACAGGGUUCCCACUCUAAAUCAAAUGUAAAAUUCCAUGACUUUUCCCUGGCAAAAAAAAAAACGAAAUUUCUACGACUUACUAUGAAUGGUACAAUAUACCGACCAAUGAUUUUUAGAGCAGCCACGUAGCGUUCAAGAAUCUUUUACUUUUUUAGAGCAGGAGAUGAAUGAAUGGGCAUUGAAUGAACAAAGUUGGGCUAUUCAAGCAAGCAGUAAAGCUAAUAACCAGAUAUAUGCCAAUUCUGCAUAUCCUGAUAUUCCCUGACUUUCCUUCCAAAAUGCCAUGAUUUUCCAGAAAUUCCAUGACCCGUGGGAACCCUGCUACUAUGAACUAUGUAAAAGACACGUAAAUGUAAAACAAAAAUGCAUUCAUAGUUAUAUAAGUACCCUAACCAGUUCUAUGGAGAAAGUAUUGUAUAUACUGCAGUCAUGUAGUUUGUCUUUGCGUUGGUCCAUAUAUAAUUAUAAUUUAUUGGAGAUCCAUUAGAAAGUCCUGCCCGGUACACCAGUUUUGGUACCAUUAGGCAUCAUGAUUGUUUCAUUAAAGUUUUAACACAAAAGUGUCUCUCACCUUUUCUGUACAGGUUCACUUAAGUGUUCAGAAAAUGUUUUUCAUUGUUUAAUGUUAUUUUGUUGUCAUGUUAUGGAUGAACAAUACAGUCUUUAUUCAUUCA